AUGGGGAACGAGUCAGAUGAGGAAGCAGAACUUGUAAGGAAGAGUAGACUUCUAAGGGAAGAGAUGACCGAGCAGUUACAACAAACUCUAAUCACUACUGUGGCUGAGAUGAUCAAGACUAGCAUCACGGGUCUUCGUGAUGAGAUAAGACAAGAGCUAAGACAAGCUACUGUGAGUAGAAGGCAGAGGCGUGAUCAUGAAGUUAGGAGACCUAAGAAAGAAGAGCUUGGUGGAGUUAAGCUCAAAAUACCUCCUUUUCAUGGCAAGGUUGAUCCGGAUGCCUACUUGGAGUGGGAGAAGAAGAUUGAGAUUGUCUUCAAUUGUAAGAACUAUACCAACACUCAACGAAUCCAACUUGCUGCAACUGAGUUCUAUGACUAUGCUCUGAGCUGGUGGGAUCAACUGGUUACCAUGAGGCGGCUUAACCAAGAAUAUCCAGUGGAAACAUGGAGUGAGAUGAAGUCUCUUAUGCGCAAGAGGUUUGUACCGAGCCACUACCACAGGGAUCUUCACCAGAGACUAAGAAAACUCACUCAAGGAGCUAAGACCGUAGAGGAAUACUAUCAAGAUAUGGAGCUGUUGAUGUUGAGAGCCAGUAUAUCAGAAGAUAGAGAAGCUACUAUGUCAAGGUUUCUUGGAGGGCUCAACCGAGAAAUACAAGAUAAGGUAGAGAUGCAACACUAUGUGGAAAUAGAAGAGAUGUUGCAUAAGGCCAUUCUAGUGGAGCAGCAGCUCAAGAGGAAGGGACAUUCACGUGGAAGCUAUGGGACUACUCGGUUCCAAAGUCCUAAGGAAGAUAAGCCUAACUACCAGAAGGAGAGUAAACCUUAUCAGAAAGAUGAUACCAAGCCUAGCAACAUUUACAGCAAGGACAAAGGAAAGACAGGAGCCACUGGGGAGUAUAUGUCUCAAGAUGAGAAGAUACAUACUGAUCAUGAGCAGACUGAAGAGGAGUUUGAAGAAGAACCGGUCAAGGGAAGGUUGCUAGUGACAAGAAGGCUCUUGAAUCUUCAAACUAAGACAGAUGAGAUUGAGCAGCGAGAGAACUUGUUCUACACUAGGUGUUUGGUUCAAGGGAAGGUAUGUAGUCUUAUCAUUGAUGGAGGCAGCUGCGUCAACGUGGCUAGCGAGACUAUGGUCAAGAAAUUGGGUUUGCAAGUUCAGAAGCAUCCAAAACCAUAUAGACUGCAGUGGCUUAAUGAGCAGGGCGAGAUGAGGGUCUCUGAUCAAGUAAUGGUACCUAUAACCAUAGGGAGAUAUGAGGAUGAGAUCUUAUGUGAUGUGAUACCUAUGGAAGCAAGCCAUAUUCUUCUCGGACGACCAUGGCAAUCUGAUAGACAUGUGAUACAUGAUGGCUUCACCAACAAGCACUCGUUUGAAUUCAGAGGAAAGAAGACAGUGCUGGUGCCAUUAACCCCUAAAGAAGUGCAAGAGGAUCAGCUCCAUCUACAGAAAAAGAAAGAGAUUGAACUCAAAACUGAUCUCAACAAGCAGCAUAGCUUCUAUGCCAAACAGGGAGAUGUCAAACGAAUUCUCUACUCUCAAAACUCUAUUUUGUUGCUUGUGUUUAAAGAAUCUUUGCUAACCACCACUGAUCAUACACCGGACCAUCCGAGUGAACUAGUUUCUCUUUUACAGGAAUAUGCAGAUGUGUUUCCAGAAGAUAGUUCCAAUGGUUUACCUCCAGUUCGUGGGAUUGAGCAUCAGAUAGACUUUGUACCUGGUUCCACACUACCAAACCGACCUGCAUACAGAACUAAUCCAGUGGAGACUAAAGAAUUGCAAAGACAAGUAGAGGAACUGAUGGAGAAGGAUGGAGUGAAGGUUGAUCCCGAGAAGAUCAAAGCCAUACAAGAGUGGCCAACUCCAACUACAGUGGGAGAAGUGAGGAGUUUUCAUGGGCUAGCAGGAAUUGGAAUUGGUGCUGUAUUGAUGCAGGAUAAAAGACCCAUAGCAUACUUCAGUGAGAAGUUUGGAGGGGCAACUCUCAAUUAUGCAACGUAUGACAAGGAGUUAACACAAUCUAGCUAUUCUUCUCGGAUUCUUCUAAUCUCUCUCUUAAUCUCUUACCAAUCUCUCAAUACCAUCUCUAUUCUCCAAGAUCUCAAGAACUGGAAGGAUCUUGAAGAUUUGACUCAGCAAUCUGACAGAGCCAGGAGCUUGAGGAUUAUUAUGGAGGGGAUGGGCAUUGGAGUGUCCCAGGAUCAGAGUAGCCAAGAACACACUACUCGGGAAGAACAAGAUAUCUCCCACCUUGAGCAUGAGGGGGGAGAUGAGCAUGAGUCUGAAGCUGGAGGUCAUGGAGAUCAAGGCUCGGAUCCUGCUCAAAGUGGAAGAAGAUCAGAUGAUGAGCCAGCUGGUGAUAGUGAGAGAGGUCAAGUGGUUGAUCAAAUUGAACAAGAAGAGACUAAUGAAGGUCAAGAAGAAGUUGGCAGUGAACAAGAAGUGACUGAAGAGCAAGUGGAACAGCAAGUGGAAGUUCCUUUGAGAAGGAGCACUAGA